GCUUUAUGGAAAAAGCGCUUCAGGCCAUUGAACCUUCGUGGGCCAAAGUUGUUCCAUUCCUUAAACUUGGUCGUGUGGCACUGCCAAGAGAGUAGAGACUGAGCUACGAUCGGAAGAGAGAGAGAGAAUGGCGUGGAGGGGACAACUAUCUCGGAAUCUGAAGGAGCUUCGGAUCCUACUAUGUCAAACCUCUCCAGCAAGCUCAUCCACUAGAGCAUUCGUGGAGAAGAACUACAAGGAGCUGAAGACACUGAACCCCAAACUCCCAAUCUUGAUCCGCGAAAGCCGUGGGAUCGAGCCCCAGUUAUGGGCUAGAUAUGACAUGGGUGUCGAGAGGAGUGUUCGUUUGGAAGGCUUGUCUGAGGCACAGAUUUUGAAGGCACUUGAAGACCUAGGAAAAGUAGGGGCAUCUCUUAAAGCCUGAUAGGUCUGCUAUUGGACCAUUUGCAAUCCAAUAAAUUAUCACAAUGGGAAAAUCUUCCCAGAGACCUUUUUUGUUCAAUCAUUCCAUUGUGUCUUUUCUUUAAAAUAUUAAUUUCAGUACUAUGUAUCUUUGUUUUGUAGUUUGAUGAGUUCAUGUAUUAGCACCUUCCAUUUACACCAAUAUACCUCAUGGCCAAUGUUUGGCUGCAAACAGUGAGUUCAUUUCAGAA